UCAUGGUAACCAAGGGGGCGGGGACUUUUGGUUGAUUGGGGGCGGGGCUGUAACCAGGGUAACGGUAAAGAUGGCGGCGCUGAGCUGGAGUCAGAGACUGAGAGAAACACAGAGAAACGGAUUCAUUGAGACCGGACGGAGGAAAGUCCAUUAUCUGUUUCCUGACGGGAAGGAGAUGGCAGAAGAGUACGAUGUCACCACCGAUCAGCUCCUGGUGAGGAAAUGGAGGGUGAGGAACGCGCUCGGAGCCCGAGGACAGUGGCAGUUGGAGGUGGGUGAGGAGGUCUCCCGUCCAGCCGGAGGCCUGGAGCAACAGCUCAUCCAGGAGAGCAGCAGUAAUCCAAUUUUCAUGAGGAAAGACACAAAGAGUAGCUUCCAAUGGAGGAUCCGGAACCUUCCGUACCCCAAGAAUGUGUACAGUGUGACGGUGGAGCCCGAACACAGACGCUGCCUCGUCAAAACCUCCAACAAAAAGUAUUACAAGUCGUUUGACAUUGCGGAUAUGGACCGGUGCCAACUCCCACUAGAGAGCUCAGCGCUGAGCUUCACACAUGCCAACAACACCCUGAUCAUCUCUGUAUCUCCCCCUAAGAUUAAGAAAAUGUGCUAUUGGGAGGACUCCUAUUGGGAGGACUGA